UCAAAAGCAGGCAGUCUUGAAUAAACUAAAUCCCUAAAAACGAGUAAACAUACAGCUAAUCGUCUCCAUAUAUUCCGAUUUCCGAUCAAAAUUCCUUAAUUACAGCGAUAACCCAUUUCUCAAAUUCAUCACUUUCUUCAGAUUCUCCAAAAAUUUCUCAAAAAUUCAUCAAAAAAUCAUCUGGGUUCAACUGAUUUUGUGUUUUAGUUGAUUUUGAGUUGAAAACAAAAAAAGAUGAACCCUUCAUCUUCAACUACUGGGGGUGCUGGAUCUGAUGAUAACACUUCAAUUAGAAGAAAUUCAAACCGACCCAAGUAUUCAAGAUUCACUCAACAGGAACUUCCAGCUUGCAAACCGAUUCUAACUCCAAAAUGGGUGAUUUCUGUAUUUUUACUUGUUGGUAUUGUGUUUAUCCCAAUUGGGGUUGUUUCACUUUUAGCAUCUAGAGAUGUUGUUGAAAUUGUUGAUCGUUAUGAUUCUGUAUGUGUGCCACUGAAUUCGACAGAUGAUAAAAUUGGGUUUAUAACUAAUUCUAGCAUAGAUAAAACAUGUGUUAGGACUUUGACUGUGCCUAAGAGAAUGAAGCAGCCUAUUUAUGUUUAUUAUCAGCUUGAGAAUUAUUAUCAGAAUCAUCGUAGGUAUGUUAAAAGUCGAAGCGAUCAGCAGUUGAAAAGUGCUAGUAAAAGGGAUGAUACUGGUUCUUGUGACCCGGAAGAUCGUGUUAAUGGUCAACCAAUUGUGCCUUGUGGGUUGAUUGCUUGGAGUUUGUUUAAUGAUACUUACAAUUUUACUGUUAAUAAUAAUCAGCUGUUGAAUGUGAACAAAAAUGGUAUAGCUUGGAAGAGUGAUAGGGAUCAUAAGUUUGGAAAAGAUGUUUUUCCAUUAAACUUUCAGACUGGGCCGCUAAUUGGGGGUGGGCAGCUUAAGAAUGAAUCGUUGGACAAGCAAGAAGAUCUAAUUGUUUGGAUGAGAACUGCUGCACUUCCGACGUUUAGGAAGUUGUAUGGGAAGAUAGAGGUGGAUCUGGAGGCGGGUGAUACAAUAAACGUGACGUUACUGAACAAUUACAAUACUUAUAGUUUCGAUGGAAAGAAGAAGCUUGUGCUUUCUACAACUAGCUGGAUUGGUGGAAAGAAUGAUUUUCUUGGUAUUGCUUAUCUUACUGUAGGUGGAUUGUGUUUCUUUUUGGCUAUGGCUUUCACUGUCGUAUAUCUAGUUAAGCCAAGGCAGCUUGGAGAUCCAACAUAUUUGUCAUGGAACCGGAACCCAGGAGGUAACUAGCAUGCACGUGAAGUCUGUUGGCUCGAGCGUUUUACCAUCUAAGGUUGAUGUUGACAAAGCUUGUGUCUUGUAGCAGCUAUCUGUCUACAGGUUCUUUUUUUUGAAAUGUUCUGCAUAUACUUUUAAACUCAUUUGCUAGGAAACAAUGAUAUGUAAUGAAGUAUUUUCCCUUUGAUAAGUGUUUAUUCAAAAUUAUGUAUGUACAAUCGAAGUAAUUGCUUAAAAGACUUGAAUGAUGCCAGUAGAUUAUAAAUGUGAUAUUGCAAAGCAUUUAUGAUAUGUAUAGUUUCGAUGGAAAGAAGAACCUUGUGCUUUCUACAACUAGCUGGAUUGGUGGAAAGAAUGAUUUUCUUGGUAUUGCUUAUCUUACUGUAGGUGGAUUGUGUUUCUUUUUGGCUAUGGCUUUCACUGUCGUAUAUCUAGUUAAGCCAAGGCAGCUUGGAGAUCCAACAUAUUUGUCAUGGAACCGGAACCCAGGAGGUAACUAGCAUGCACGUGAAGUCUGUUGGCUCGAGCGUUUUACCAUCUAAGGUUGAUGUUGACAAAGCUUGUGUCUUGUAGCAGCUAUCUGUCUACAGGUUCUUUUUUUUGAAAUGUUCUGCAUAUACUUUUAAACUCAUUUGCUAGGAAACAAUGAUAUGUAAUGAAGUAUUUUCCCUUUGAUAAGUGUUUAUUCAAAAUUAUGUAUGUACAAUCGAAGUAAUUGCUUAAAAGACUUGAAUGAUGCCAGUAGAUUAUAAAUGUGAUAUUGCAAAGCAUUUAUGA